ACAUGGCAGACGUCAUCGAUUGUAACUUUCCUGUUUGGGGCCUGCUGCCUAAAAAAGAGACAGGUGUCACUCAGUUUCUUACCAAGUAUCCAGAAUACGAUGGACGAAAUGUUGUCAUUGCGAUCUUGGACUCGGGAGUGGAUCCCGGAGCCCCGGGUAUGCAGGUGACUUCAGAUGGAAAACCUAAAAUUAUUGAGAGAUUUGACUGUAGCGGAGCAGGGGAUGUAGAUACUAGCAAAGUUGUUCAAGCACCAGAUGGAUUUAUAACUGGCCUGACUGGUCGUAAAUUAAAGGUUCCAUCUAAUUGGAAUAACCCUAGUGGAGAAUAUCAUAUCGGUUUAAAGAAUCUGUAUUCAUUAUAUCCUACUAAACUAAAGGAAAGAGUAGUGGCAGAACGCAAGAAGCGUCUUUGGGAUGAAGGACAUAAAGCUGCACUUGCAGAAGCUUCCAGACAAUUACAGGAAUUUGAGAAUAAAAAUCCUCAAUUAUCAACUUUGGAGGAAAGACUGCAAAAAGAAGAAUAUGAAGCUCGAGUUGAAGUACUGAAUAUUAUUGAAAAAAAGUAUUGCGAUGUAGGACCUACUUACGAUUGCGUUGUUUUUCACGAUGGUAACAUUUGGAGAACAUGUAUUGAUACUUCUGAAGUGGGUAACUUGGAAUCUGGCGUUUUUCUUGGUGAAUAUUCUAUCACGAGAGAUUUUGCUCCUCUUACACAAGAAGAUCAGUUAAAUAUUAGUAUUAAUAUUCAUGAUGAAGGCAAUACAUUAGAAAUUGUCAGUUUAUGUUCGAGUCAUGGGACACAUGUUGCAUCGAUUGCAGCUGCAUAUUUUCCUGAUAAUCCAGAAUUGAAUGGAGUAGCACCAGGAGCCCAAAUUAUUUCGCUAACUGUCGGUGAUGGACGUAUUGGUACAAUGGAAACUGGAACCUCUGUUGUACGGGCAAUGAUUCAUAUAAUGCAACGUAAAGAGAAGAUUCAUGUUAUAAACAUGAGUUAUGGUGAACAUGCUCAUUGGUCAAAUACAGGUAGAAUAGGAGAAUUAAUGAAUGAAGUUAUCGAUGAAUAUGGUGUAACAUGGGUUGCAUCUGCUGGUAAUCUGGGUCCAGCUUUGUGUACUAUUGGAACUCCUCCAGACAUCAGUUCAAACAGUAUUAUUAGUGUUGGUGCUUAUGUAUCACCUGAUAUGAUGGUAGCUGAAUAUUCUUUAAGAGAAAAGAUGCCAGGCAUGCCAUAUACUUGGUCCUCCCGUGGUCCAAUGAUAGAUGGAGGUGCUGGUGUAACAGUAUGUGCACCAGGAGGUGCCAUUACCAGCGUUCCAAAUUUUACUCUUAGAAAAAGUCAACUUAUGAAUGGUACAAGUAUGGCAAGUCCACAUGUUACUGGAGCAGUUGCGGUUCUUAUAUCAGGUCUUCUUGCCAAGGGUUGUUUAUACUCUCCUUAUAGUAUAAAAAGGGCGCUUGAAAAUACUGCUCUUUAUGUACCCAAUUUAGAUCCAUUUGCACAAGGCUCAGGCCUAUUACAAGUCGAACGUGCAUUUGAUAAUCUCAUUUCAUGUUGUGAUGCACCCGAAAGAGAUGUACGCUUUGCUAUCAAUUGCGGCGUUAAUAAUUCUAAAGGCAUUCAUAUGAGAGCAGGUGUCAUUGAUCGUGCAAAGGAUUAUGCAAUUACAGUCGAACCAGUAUUUAUAAAUAGCGAAAAUAUAGAUCCAGCACGCAAAAUAGAUUUUAAUCUGAAGCUAACAUUGGUAUGUGAUGCUUCCUGGGUCCAAUUUCCGACACAUCUUGAUUUGAUGCAUAUGUCUCGUGCUUUUGCUAUUAGAGUUGAAGCUACUAAUUUACCAGAAGGUGUUCAUGCUACUAGUGUACGAGCGUAUGACGUAACUAAUAUCGCGAAAGGACCAAUAUUUCAAAUUCCGGUAACUGUUGUCCAACCAUUGACAAUAUCGAAGACUGCACUUCUUCCAGACUUAACAUACACAAAUGUAUUAUUUAAACCUAAUACAAUUCAGCGUCAUUUUAUUCUUGUUCCAGAAGAUGCUACUUGGGCAGUUCUUAGAUUAAAAAGCACAGAAAAGGAUAAGACUGGUAGAUUUGUGAUGCACGCUAUUCAAUUAAAACCUCGUUUAGCCUGUAAAACUCUUGAAGUUAACAGAAUAAUAAGUGUUACAUCUCAAUCGGAAACUGUUCAACCAUUUGCUGUUCAGGGUGGAUUAAUUUUGGAAGUAGUUAUUGCAAAAUAUUGGGCAAAUCUUGGCGAUAUGUUUGUUGAUUAUUGUAUAGAAUUUCAUGGAAUUCAUAUGAUUAACGGUAAUCUUACAAUGCUAUCUGGAGAUGGCAUAAAUCGUCUUGAAUUACGCAGCUCUCUUAGAAACGAAGAAGUUGUACCCAACAUUUCUCUGAAAACAUCUGUUCAAGUUUUAAAGCCUAAUGAAUCGAAAAUUGCUCCUUUACGAGCACGUGAUAUUAUUCCACCAUCACGACAAAUAUAUGAGUUACAACUAAUGUACACAUUCCACUCGGCAAAAUCAACUGAGAUCACACCAAAUGCUGCACUGCUCAGUGAUUUGUUGUAUGAAAGCGAGUAUGAAAGCCAAAUGUGGAUGAUUUACGACAGUAAUAAACAAUUGAUAAGUUGUGGAGAUGCAUAUCCAUCUAAAUAUACAAUUCAUAAAUUAGAAAAGGGAGACUACACUUUGAAAAUGCAUAUACGUCAUGAGAAAAAGGAUUUGUUGGAAAGAUUGACAGACAUGCCGUUACUAUUGAGUCAAAAGCUUAAUACACCAAUUAAUUUGGACAUUUAUGCCAAUCAAUCUCAAGCGAUUAUUGGUGGAAAAAAAAUGGUUGCUGCAUGUAUUCCACCUGGCCAUAUUCUUCCUCUGUAUAUUGCUCCACUGUCUAAUGAAAGCAACACUGAAAACAAAGUAUCCAAAUACGCUACCCCUGGUAGUUAUCUUCAAGGAACAUUGACUUUCUGUAAAGAUGAUAUUGGAAAGAAGGUGGAUAGUCAUGUAUUUAAAUACAUCAUAUCUGAUCCUAACAAGAAAAAUGUCAGCUCUACUACUAAAUCUGAGAAAGAGAAAACUACAAAGUGGGAUGAAUACCAGGAAGCAAUAAGAGAUUUAAAAUGCAAUUACCUUGCCAAAUUUGCACCAUCAAUAAAACCUGGUGAUCACACUAAUACGUUGUACGGAGAAUUGAAGGGUGCCUUCUCAGAUCAUUUACCUGUCCACACUGCCAUGUUAAUAUCGUUGGAUUCUUCGGAGGCACGGCGACAUGUACCACAGAAUGAUCUUUCAGAAAACGCUAUUGCGUUUGCCAAUCAAAUAAUAACAGUUGCUGACUCUGUGAUCACUAAUAUUGAUCAAGAUAAGUUAUUAGCAUAUUAUGGAUUGAAAAACGAUCAGCGUCCUGAUGCGGCUAAAAUAAAAGUUACUAUGGAUAAGCAAAAGAAUAGUUUGAUUGAAGGAUUAGUGAGAAAAGGCUGUGCAUUGGCGCGGUUGUAUGUACAUGGAACAAAAACUGGAGAGGGAGAUGGAUCUUUUGAACAUUUACUUGAAAGUGUUACACAUCAUUGGCAAGAAGUACAGAAAUUCGCUGAACCUACUGACAAUAAGGUCAUUAUUUUAUCUUUAUGGCAUGCACACAUCAAUAAUCAUUAUGGACGUUAUUUGAAAUUAUUAACACGCUAUUAUGAAGAAAAACCACUAAAAGAAAUUGAUGAAAAAUGCAUUGAAAUUGCAAAGCUUCUGGGAUGGGAACAUUGGUCACGUCUUCUUACUACAAGUAUACCAACACGUUAUCCAGCUACAUAUAGAUCAUUCUGAUCACUGAUUUAAUAAGUCCAAUGUGCGAAUAUAUGAUAUAGAAGAUUUAUGAAAACAAUUUCCAACACAUCUUUAUAAUAACAGUGACAAACACAGUGACAAAAGGACAAAACGUUUAUUUGAAACAGAAGUCAAGUGUAAUAUACAUUUAGAAAAAAAAAAGAAAAAAAUUAGUUUAUUCAUAAUAAACUAAUGAUUUAGAAGACUAACUACAGUGCUGAACUGACUUAAAAUAAAUCAUAUUCGUAUACACGCAUAUGAUUUGCU